AUGGGAGUAAGCUUUUAUACAGUAUGUUGUGCUCAGUCCAACAGUAAGUUUAAUGUUAAAUGCAUUGCUCCUGCGACUGAAAUUUCGUCUUGUGAAAAUUUGAUUGAUGAACCGGUUCUGAAUGUUGCUAUAUGGUACCUAGCAUUAAUGGCAGGUUUUGGAAACAUAAUUGCAUUUUUGUAUAAUGUAAAUUAUGUCAGAAGCGACGAUGCGGGGGCGUACCAUUUUCUCAUGUUGAAUCUGAGUUGUGCCGAUUUUUUGAUGGGUGUCUACCUGUAUAUAAUUGCUAUCAUUAAUCUACAUUACACAGGGGAGUACGGUUUGAAUGAUAAUGUUUGGAGGCAUAGCACUCUUUGUACGCUUUCUGGAAUUAUUGCUAGUCUUUCGAGCGAGGCAUCUGCCUUUAUUGUUUUGUUGAUCACUAUGGACAGAUUUAUCGCAGUCAAGUAUCCAUUUUCAGACUUAAAACUUACUAGAAGAGGAGCCUCUGUGCUCUUGAUUAUUGCUUGGUCUGUGUCUCUUUUCCUUGCUUUGAUCCCUUUAAUACCAGAUCCUAGUCUUGAAAACUUCUACGCACAGUCUGGUAUCUGUGUUUCUCUUCCUUUGUCCAUUACUAGAAAGUCUGGAUGGCAGUUCUCCAUGAUUGUGUAUGUAGGUAUCAACUUCUUUCUUUUCCUUGGAAUUGUUGUUGGACAGAUUUCAAUAUUCGUUGAAGUGUUUAAUGUUGGGAGGAGUGUGCAGUCAACAAAUACAAUUCUGAGGGAAGUAUCCUCGGCUCAGACACUGUUUGCGAUCGUCCUGACUGAUGUCAGCUGUUGGAUAUUAAUAGGGACGAUAGGAAUGCUGACGUUUUUGGGGAUUGAGGUACAGCCUGACGUUUAUGCCUGGAUGAUAGUUGUCGUUCUGCCGAUUAACUCCGCCAUUAACCCCAUAUUGUAUUUGUUGACUACAUUCAUCAAAAACAAGAAAGGAAAAGACGGAGAAAACAUUCCACAGAUGAAAAAUAUACAAGAUUCAGCCAAGUUGAGAUCUGAAAGCACCAGUCAAAGAACCAUUAGUACCGUGUCAGGGUCUUAUUCCGAUAGCAGUGAUCUUCAAAACCGUCCUUCAGAUCAAAGGAUCGAAUCACAGAAGGAAAAAAUCACGAAAGAACAGGAAACGAUCGAGUCGCAACAAAAAAGGAUCGAGUCACAAGAAAAUCGAGUCAAAACAGGAAAGGAUAUAGCCACCACAGAAAAGGAUCCGGUCACUACAGAAAAGGGUCCGAUCACCAGAGAAAAGGUUACGGUCACCAUAGGAAAGGUUCCGAUCACCACAGGGAAUCAGCCGCAAACAAAAGUAAAGCUGUCUCCAUUAAAGGGCCCACCAUAUCAAAUCUCUUAA